AUGUCUUUCGCUGACCAAAGCAAUGUCUAUGAUAGUCUUUUUGUCAAUGCUUAUGAGUCUUAUUCCCAGCAGUCUCGUUUUGGUAUUCGUGCAGCUACCCUUACAGUAAGACAGUUUUUUUGGAAUAUGACAGAAUACAAGAUUGUCUCUAUUGUUCCCCGAAUGGUCAAGACAUUCCCGAAAGGCCAUGAAGGUGAUACUCACGAUUUGGCGAGCAAGAUACUACAGCGUUUGUCGGGCGCCUUUGCAAGCAAGAUUUGUGCAUUUUUGUCGUUGCAAUGUGAAAGAAAAGUGUCUUGCUCUGUAGAAAAAGCGCAUGCGUAUGCUAGAGAUGCCUUUUUUAAGUUUAUCUACAUGAUUCCAACCACUAUCGUCGAGGAAUUGAGAGACUGUCGUGGAUUUAUCAAUGAAGCGGCACUGGACGUGAAAUUCAAUGACUUGUUCAGAGAGAAGGUGGUGCUCGAAGAACAUCAGAAAGGAAAGUGUAAUUUUCCAGGGUGUGAUGGAGUUUCGACAUCACUCAAAGUACUACCUCAAGAUGAUCAGUUUCCCGAGUUCCUGUUCAUACAAGAGGGUGCAAACUUUGUCCCUGGACGGACAGCAGGAAACAAUGUUUACCUGUCUACGUAUAUCCACAUAUCACAGACCUUAAAAUACAAAUUGCACGGUAGAGUCUACUCGACUUGCUAUGAUGAUAUUGACAAUUGGAAACAGCAGUAA